AAGACCGAAAUAAGAAGAAAAAAAAGAAUCUCCAUUUCAUCAGGAAGAAAACCUCUAAUUUCUUUGAUAAUUCCUUUUUCUUUCGAUAAAUAUGCUGAGUUCUACCCGAAUCGUGAGAUCGAGUCUCCUGAAUCAUCUCGGCCCUCGCCUCUUCUCCACUUCAGCGGUGACUCGAUCGCCGGUGGGAUCGUCGGAGGUUUGGGUUAGGGUUUCUCCUGUGAGAUUCGCGAGCACGGAGGCGACGACGGCAGCAAAAAUAUCCGGCGACGAAGAAAGCGAAGCGAAGAAAGAAGCUAGUGCGGUCCCUGCCGGUGAGCGUAAGGCGGUCGCGAGUUACUGGGGGAUCAACCCCUCGAAGAUCGCGAAAGAGGACGGCACUGAGUGGCGGUGGUCUUGCUUUAGGCCGUGGGAUACGUAUAAAUCGAAUUUGACGAUAGAUUUGAAGAAGCACCACGUGCCGACGACGUUUUUGGAUAAGGUGGCGUAUUGGACAGUGAAAUCGCUCCGACUUCCCACCGAUAUUUUUUUUCAGAGGAGGUACGGUUGCCGUGCUAUGAUGCUUGAAACUGUAGCUGCAGUCCCUGGAAUGGUCGGGGGAAUGCUCCUGCACCUCCGCUCCCUCCGUCGCUUUGAACCCAGCGGCGGUUGGAUCCGCGCACUUCUAGAAGAAGCAGAGAACGAGAGAAUGCAUCUCAUGACAUUCAUGGAGGUCUCACAGCCCAAAUGGUACGAGCGUGCUCUUGUAAUGGCUGUACAGGGAGUGUUCUUCAACGCCUACUUCUUGGGCUACGUCAUCUCUCCCAAAUUCGCUCAUCGUGUUGUGGGUUAUCUCGAGGAAGAGGCCAUCCAUUCGUAUACGGAGUUCCUCAAGGAGCUCGACAAGGGUGCUAUUGAGAAUGUCCCCGCCCCUGCGAUUGCUAUUGAUUACUGGCGUCUACCGGCUAAUGCUACUCUUCGAGAUGUGGUGAUGGUUGUGAGGGCUGAUGAGGCUCAUCACCGUGACGUUAAUCACUAUGCUUCGGAUAUUCAUUACCAAGGGCAGGAGUUGAAGGGGUGUCCAGCACCGCUUGAUUAUCACUGAUUGAUUGGUUCUGUAACUGCAUGUAUAGCAAGUGUUUGAAGAAAUAUUCUUAUGUAGUAUGCUAAUAUGCUACUAUUUCAGAAGUGAGCGGUCCGAUGUACUUGAUGUUAAUGGUCUCUGCUUGCUUUAGUUGUGCUAAUUGUUUCAUUUGUAUAGUAGUUGUUUCGUUUACUUCUCUGAUUGGAGAAGUAUUGAAGGCGAUUUGCUUUGAUGUUUGA